AUGAAGCUGGCUCUCGCUCUCAUCACCCUGGUUGGACUGGCCGCCGCCAAUCCAAGACCCCAACUUCCAACCCCCGACAUGCCUCCUCCACCUCUCUCAUCCCACGCUCCUCCAGAGACAGACGAUGAUCCCAAGCCUCCGCCUGCAACUUCAACAACUACUUCGACUUCCAAGGGUACUCCGCCUCCGGAGCCGACCAAAGCGCCGCCCACCCCAGACGGGCCCAUCUGCGAAUGCGGCUACACGUACUGCGCAUCGGUGUUGAUGGGCAUGAAAAAGCCGUGGUCUCAGAAGCAGCUGGGCGAGGCUUACUGCGACACGCCCAACGCCAGCUGCGACAACAACGUGCCGGCCACCAACAUCACGUCUGCCCUCUACAUCUGCCUCUGCGACGACCCCGACCAGGAGGUUGGCUCGCAUCUGGACCUUGUUUGCGGGUGUGACAAGUGCUUGAACAUUGGACCCGACUUCCGCGGCCGCUGCCAGACUCCGUGCCACGCUGGGAACUGCCAGAUGCAGAUGCAGCUGCAACUCGUCCAAUUCAUAUUCGUCAUCACAUCUUGGACCUCGGAUUCUCGCAUCUUCAAUCCCACCGGCAAAAUCCCCUCCUCAUUCAUCCCGCCCAAAUCCCCCCAACUCCAAUCUCAGCUCAUCCCACGCCCUGCUGGAAAUAAGCUCGUAUGUACGCUCGGCUGCAUCGGAUCCCGUCGAUUCGCAACCACAAACUCGACUUCCCUCGACACCCUCAGCGCUGUCACGCUGCAACCAUUUCUUCCCAAUCCGGCCUCCCGUUCGCGCGCGAAUGCACUCGCCCUUCCCCAGCUUUUAGCGCCGAUAGGUCCCCCGCAGUGGGGGAUCUUUAGCGGCCCCCUUCUGCUUGUGCGGAACCUACGGAGCGCUUCUGGUUGCUGCUCGCUGCUCGCAUGGGCUCUGGUAGCUGCUGUUUGCAUUAUCAAGGCGUCAGCCCAUGUGAACCCGUAUAAACGGAUCGACCUGAUCUUCGAACCUAGACAAACUCGCGUGUGGCUUGUGGAAAUCGCCUCAGAUGAGGGUCGUUUCGUGAUGGCGUCCUCUUUGCUUCGCCCCCUGGCCACCGAGCUCUACUUGUCGCCAUCCACUGCCUCUUCGUCGCGGUUUCUGCGCUCCCGAAUUCAAAAUGUUAAGCCACUGCUAAACUGCCGCCGUCAAUGGCAUGCCUCUGCCGGGGUUACACGACAGACUGCCAUUGUCGCUGCGGCCCCCAAGUCUCUGGCGCUGGUUCGCCAUGGGUCUCCGGUCGCACGAGCGCCCGUCCUACUGCCAAAGCUGUAUUCGACGGAAGCCGCUGCUCCUGUGCCACCAACGACUCCCUACAGUCAGCUCACCGUGGGUGUGCCGAGGGAAACCUUUCCGGGGGAGCGUCGAGUCGCAUUGACUCCGACCAAUGUGGCUCUCCUCUUGAAAAAGGGUUACUCCAAGGUCCUGGUUGAGCGAGGGGCUGGUGCUGAAGCUGAUUUCCUGGAUGAUGCCUAUGAAAAAGCUGGCGCCACUCUUGUCGACUCCGCGAAUGGCAUCUGGUCUGCUGCCGAUAUCGUGCUCAAAGUUCGAGGACCUUCCGACGCCGAAGUUGGAGCCAUUAAGGAAAACCAGACAAUCUAUUCGUUUCUUCAGCCUGGUCAGAACAAAGAUCUCGUCGCAAAGAUUGCUGCUAGGAAGGCGACUUACUUUGCAAUGGAAAUGGUGCCUCGUAUCUCGCGUGCUCAAGUCUUUGAUGCCCUCAGCAGCAUGGCAAACAUUGCCGGCUACAAGGCUGUCUUGGAGGCGUCCAACGUGUUUGGCAGAUUUCUCACUGGCCAAGUCACGGCUGCUGGCAAGAUCCCGCCGUGCAAAGUCUUGGUCAUUGGAGCUGGUGUGGCUGGUCUUAGUGCAAUUGCAACUGCUCGUCGCAUGGGUGCCAUUGUCCGCGGAUUCGAUACUCGUCCCGCUGUUAGAGAGCAGAUUGAAUCUCUAGGCGCGGAAUUCAUCGAGGUUGACAUGCAAGAAGAUGGCUCUGGUGCCGGAGGCUACGCCAAAGAGAUGAGCAAAGAAUUCAUCGAAGCCGAAAUGAGACUCUUCAAAGAACAAGCCAAGGAGGUGGACAUCAUCAUCACCACAGCCCUGAUUCCCGGAAGACCUGCCCCAAAGCUGAUUAAAAUGGAUAUGCUCGAAGUCAUGAAACCCGGAAGCGUUAUUGUAGAUCUCGCCGCCGAGGCUGGUGGCAACUGCGAGGCUACUCAAGCUGGCAAAAUGAUUACUUACAACGAUGUCAAAGUUAUUGGAUACACUGAUCUCCCGUCUCGUCUGCCGACCCAAUCGUCCACCCUCUACUCGAACAACAUCACCAAGCUCUUGCUGUCAAUGGCACCCAAGGACAAGGAGUUUGGAAUUGACCUGUCCGACGAGGUUGUCAGAGGCGCCAUUGUCAUGCAAAAAGGAGAGAUUCUUCCGCCCGCCCCCCGUCCAGCUCCUCCUCCGGCACCGGCUAAGCCUGCAGCUGCGGUCGUAGUUGAACCCGUAGAGCUCACCCCCUGGCAGAAAAAGACUCGAGAAGUGGCCACCGUGACUGUUGGAAUGACAGGCGUGCUGGCUCUUGGAAAGUUUACUGGUCCUCUGUUCAUGUCGAAUGCCUUUACAUUUGCCCUGGCUAGUCUAAUUGGUUACCGUGUUGUUUGGGGCGUGGCACCGGCGCUGCACUCUCCAUUGAUGAGCGUAACGAAUGCGAUUUCUGGCAUGGUCGGUGUUGGUGGUCUCUUCAUCCUUGGUGGAGGCUUUUUGCCCGAGACGAUUCCUCAAUCACUGGGAGCCCUCAGUGUGCUGCUUGCCUUUGUCAAUGUUGGUGGUGGUUUUGUCAUCACCAAGCGAAUGCUCGACAUGUUUAAGCGCAAGUUCUUCGCUCUUAGUAAGACUGAUCCUCCGGAAUACCCAUGGCUUUACGCUGUCCCAGCCGCCUUAUUUGGUGGUGGCUACAUUGCCGCCUUGUCCACCGGAGCCGCUGGUCUCGUCCAGGCUGGAUAUCUCAUCAGUUCUGUUCUCUGCAUCGGAUCUCUCACAGGUUUGGCUUCUCAAACGACCGCUCGAAUGGGUAACAUGCUCGGUAUUCUCGGUGUGGGCUCCGGUGUGUUGGCCAGUCUGGCUGCCGUGGGAUUCUCCCCGGAGGUCUUGACUCAAUUCACCGGACUUGCUGCUGUUGGAGCCAUUGCGGGUAUGCUGAUUGGAAGAAGAAUCACACCUACUGACCUCCCUCAAACCGUCGCCGCUUUGCACUCCGUUGUUGGUCUGGCUGCCGUGCUAACCAGCAUUGGAAGCGUCAUGGCGGACGUUUCAGAUCUUUCAACUCUGCACAUGGUAUCUGCCUACCUUGGUGUCCUAAUCGGUGGUGUUACUUUUACUGGGUCCAUUGUUGCGUUCCUCAAGCUGGCAGGUCGCAUGGGUUCUCGACCAAAGAUUCUCCCUGGCCGACACAUUAUCAACUCUGGAUUGCUGGCAACCAAUGCUGCCACUAUGGGCGCUUUUCUCACCAUGGCUCCCGGUGCUCCCAUGAUUGCUGCUGGAGCGUUGGCAGCCAAUACGGUUCUGAGUUUCAUCAAGGGGUACACGACAACCGCCGCAAUUGGAGGCGCUGACAUGCCCGUUGUCAUCACCGUGUUGAACGCCUACAGUGGUUUUGCCUUGGUAGCAGAAGGAUUCAUGCUGGACAACCCUCUUUUGACCUCUGUGGGAGCCCUGAUAGGCGUUUCUGGUUCCAUUCUAUCGUACAUCAUGUGCGUUGCCAUGAACCGGUCUUUGACCAAUGUCUUGUUCGGGGGCCUAUCAACACCAACGACGGCCCUAGAGUACAAGCCAGAAGGCCAAGCGACCGAAACGUCCGUGGAAGAUGUUGCGGAACAACUGGUCAAUGUCGAAUCCGUCAUUAUAAUUGUAGGAUACGGAAUGGCUGUUGCAAAGGCACAGUAUGCGCUCUCAAGCAUUGUCCAAUCGCUUCGAUCCAAGGGCAUCACUGUGCGCUUCGCCAUCCACCCCGUUGCUGGCCGCAUGCCUGGGCAGUGCAACGUGCUUCUUGCGGAAGCGAGUGUCCCGUAUGACAUUGUCCUGGAAAUGGACGAGAUCAACGACGACUUUCCGGAGACCGACUUGGCCCUUGUGAUUGGCGCCAAUGACACGGUCAAUCCGAUUGCCAUGGAAAAGGGCAGCUCCAUUGAAGGAAUGCCCGUUUUGCAUGCUUGGAAGGCUAAGCAGGUUGUGGUAAUGAAGAGAAGCUUGGCGAGCGGCUACGCUGAUGUGCCGAACCCAAUGUUCUACAUGCCCAACACCAAGAUGUUGUUUGGUGAUGCCAAGGUUUCCUGCGAUGCGAUUAAAUCAGCUGUAGAAGGGAAGCUGUAG